AUGGCCAAUACGAGUGACUCCACCACGCCUGGCGGCUCCGGUCUGCGUCUGCCGUCUACGCCGCCGUCGCCGACCCUGUCACGACGCUAUCUGGCCAGCCGGCGCGGCUCCUGGGUGGAAGAUGCUCCGGAUGAGCGCACAUCGCUUCUGCAGGGCGUCCGAUCUCGGCCAUAUACGCAUGGCAGUGCCCGGCGUCCCUUCAUCGUCCAAUCUCAGAGCUUUGGCGGCAGCAUCAACUCGCGUCACCACAGUCGGACUGGCUCGUGGGGCCAGCGUCUCGCACACGCGCUCACAGACCGGCAGGACUCGUCCAUGGUCGAGUCCAAGGCGUCGCUCGCGUCUGACGAGCGCGUGUGGUACGACCAGUUCACGUCGACCGACUGGGUCCACGACAGUAUCGCCGACGCGCACCGUGUCAAGGCGCUGCGCAGCCGCAAGGAUUUCUGGGGACGCGUCUACGUCCUGUUCGACGGCGUGCAGGGCUGGCUGCUCUCGGCCCUGGUCGGCUUUCUCGUGGCCGUCAUGGCCUACACCAUUGACGUGACCGAGGCCGUCAUCUUUGACUACAAGUACGGAUACUGCACUUCCGCGUGGUAUUACACUGAAAAGCAAUGCUGUCCCCAUGGCGCAUGCACAAAUUGGCGUGAAUGGGGCGAGGUCAUGCGCAGCAGCGGCGUCGUCGAGAAAUGGGCCGAGUACGGCGCGUACAUCUGCGGCGCCAUCAUCCUGGCCUCGGCCUCGUGCUUGCUAACCCUCACCACCAAGACGGUUGUGUCACCUUCGUACCGGCUGUCCACGCUGGACGAGAACCUGGCUGCCGAGCCUGUUCCCAUGACCGAGGACGACCAUAGUGCAGAUGGCGAGGCCACUGUCGUGAUUGGCAGCUCUGGCGGCAUCGACGACGCUCCGGCUCCGGUCAACAAGCCUGCCCGGGCUCCCCCCACGGUGUACUACACGGCUGCUGGCAGCGGUGUGGCCGAGGUGCGGGUCAUUCUCAGCGGCUUCGUGCUCCAUGGCUUCCUCGGCUUCCAGACACUUGUGGUCAAGUCUCUCGGCCUCGUGCUCAGUGUGGCCUCAGGCCUCAGUCUGGGCAAGGAGGGACCCUAUGUGCAUAUUGCCACCUGUGUCGGCAACAUUGCCUGUCGACUCUUCUCCAAGUACGACCAGAACGACGCCAAGCGCCGGGAGAUCCUGUCGGCAGCGGCUGCCUCGGGCGUGGCCGUAGCGUUUGGCGCUCCGCUGGGCGGCGUCCUGUUCUGUCUCGAGGAGGUGGCCUACUUCUUUCCGGCCAAGACGCUCUUCCGCACCUUCUUCUGCUGCAUCACGGCGGCCCUGACGCUCAAGUUCCUAAACCCCUACGGCACGCACAAGAUUGUCAUCUUCCAGGUCGACUACGACAUGGACUGGGAGUACUUUGAGCUGGUCAGCUUUGUGGCUGUCGGCAUUCUGGGCGGCGUCACCGGCGCGGUCUUCAUCAAGGCGUCACGCCUGUGGGCCAAGCUAUUCCGCGGCAUCCCGCUCAUCAAGACCCAUCCGCUGCUCGAGGUCGUUUUGGUGGCGCUGGUGACGGGCAUCGUCAGCUACUGGAACGUGCUGACGAAGCUGUCCGUGACGAAGCUGCUCUACAACCUCGCAGCGCCGUGCGACGUCACCGACAACAACCUGGACGACCUCAGCAUCUGCCCGUCGGAGAAGGACGACAUCCCGCCCAUCUUGAUGAAGCUCUUUGGGGCCUUUUUGAUUAAGGGAAUCCUGACGAUCAUCACGUUUGGAAUUAAAGUCCCCGCCGGCAUUUACGUGCCGUCCAUGGUUGUGGGAGGCCUCAUGGGCCGCCUGGUCGGUCACGUGGUUCAAUGGGUUGUGCUGCAGACGCCAACAUGGGCGGUCUGGAGCAGCUGUGCGGCUGCAGGCGGGACGGGCUGCAUCCAGCCGGGCGUGUACGGACUGGUCGCGGCCGGGGCGACCAUGUGUGGCGUCACCCGGCUAUCGGUGACGCUGGCUGUCAUCCUAUUUGAGAUUACGGGUAGCCUGGAUUACGUCCUGCCGUUCUCGCUGGCCAUUCUGGUAGCCAAGUGGACGGCCGACGCGAUCGAGCCGCUGUCGAUCUACGAUCUGCUGACCGAGAUGAACUCGUACCCCUUCCUCAACAACAAGCACAAGCCCAUCUUUACGUCGGACCUGGCCGACAUUGUGCCGCGUGUGCGCCGCGAGCGUAUUAUUGAUAUCUCGUCGUCGCCGCUGGUGCGGGCCACCGUGCUCCGUCAGAAGCUCGAGAUUGUGCACCGGGCCGGCGAGAUGGACGGUGGACUGCCCAUUGUGCGACACGGCAUUCUCGUCGGCCUGAUUCCCGCACCCGACCUGGAGUUUGCCCUGGACAACCUGCGGGACGAGGCGACUAGCCUGUGCUUGAUGGCUCAUGUGCCGAGCAUCGACGACUCGGACGAUGGAGAGACGGUUGUGGAUCCGACCGACUUCACGCCCUACAUCGACCGGGCCCCUGUUGCGUUGGACAUCAGGUCACCCAUGGACCUGGUCUACCAGUGCUUUGCCAAGCUGGGGCUCCGGUACAUCUGCGUCCUCCGAGACGGCCAAUAUGCCGGCAUGGCCCAUAAGAAGACGUUUGUGCGAUAUGUCCGUGAUCUGGAAAAUCACGAGGGGCACAUGUGA